AUGCUUGUGUCUGGCUACGGAAACAUGAAGAACCUGACGUCACUGGAGCGCUUCCACCGGCGCAUCUCGCAGCACGAACUGUACCGCGCGGGAGACCCCGUGAUCGAAGACGUGCUGCGGGACCUGGCCACGCAGCGCAUCGUGCACGUCAGUCAAAAAGAUGGAGGCACUCAAAUCAAGCUGGUCAUCGACUACGCUAACCAGAUGCAAGCUCUGUUCAAGCCUAUGCGGUUUCCUCGGGACCAGCAGACACUGCCCAAUCACUUCUACUUCACGGACUUCGAGCGGCACACGGCAGAGAUCGCCUCCUUCCACCUGGACAGAUUGCUGGGCUUCCGGAGGGCUAUGCCGGUGUCGGGGCGCGUGCUGAACAUGACGAGCGAGCUGUACGAGCUGGCGGACGGCGAGCUGCUCAAGACGUUCUUCGUGUCGCCGUCGGACAACCUGUGCUUCCACGGGCGCUGCUCGUACUAUUGCGACACGGCGCACGCCAUCUGCGGCAACCCGGACACGCUGGAGGGCAGCUUCGCCGCCUUCCUGCCCGACAAGGCGGUCGCGCCGCGCAAAGUGUGGAGACACCCAUGGCGCCGCUCCUACCACAAGCGCCGGAAGGCCCAGUGGGAGAACGACCCUGACUACUGCUCGCUGGUGCGUGACAUCCCGCCGUACGACAGCGGGCGGCGGCUGCUGGACCUGAUGGACAUGGCGGUGUUCGACUUCCUGACGGGCAACAUGGACCGCCACCACUACGAGACGUUCCGCAUGUUCGGCAACGACACGUUCCCGCUGCACCUGGACCACGGGCGCGGCUUCGGCCGGCCCUUCCAUGACGAGAUGUCCAUCCUGGCGCCCGUCAUACAGUGCUGCCUUCUGCGGCAGUCGACGCUCACCACGCUGCUCAGGUACCACAACGGCCCCCGCAAGCUGAGCGACGCGAUGCGGGACGCGAUGCAGAAGGACCCGGUGGCGCCGGUACUGUGGGAGCCGCACCUCGCCGCGCUGGACCGCCGUGUGCGCAUCGUGCUGCAGGCCGUGCGCGACUGCGUUGCCCGCGACGACGCCGUCGAGGCGGUGGUGCGCAACGACGCC